ACGAUGGAGACGAUUAUGUAUGCUGUCCUGACAAUUAUAAUGGCGAACCUGGUCUUUGGUGUAUUUCUUUGGUUUAAAGUGCGGAAGCUCUAUUGCUAUCCUGGGGUCUUGGGUUUCCCUGUUAUCGGGAACCUCUACAACGCCUACAAAUCACUAUUAAUGAUUACUAUUGACAGAGGAGUCAAGUACGGAAUCAAAGUGGCUGAAAAACAUGGAAAGGAUGGGAUAUUCUUCCAUUGGAUAUUCGGUUCCACUGUACUGGCGGUGAUUACCAGCCCUCAUCUUGUGAAGAAAUUAUCAUUUCAUCCCAACCUGGCUGAUAAGCCUUCUGAAGCCUAUGAGGGAUAUAAAAUUUGCAUGGAAGGACCGUUUUCCGAUAUACGUUCCGAUGAUGUAUGGAAACAGAAGAGAAAGGAUUACAAUAUUAAUUUGAAGAAAUCUCGAGUAGACACAGAUUAUUAUAACACUUUUAUUAAAUACUCUGAUAAAAUGGUCGAUAUGAUGUUGGCUUCGUCAUCUCAUAUAGAUGCACACGAUAUAUGCACCGGUGUAGUAUUUGACAUCUCUAUGAAAACAAUGUUUGGUGUUGAGACCAAUUUAGUAUAUGAUCCCGAGCUAAUAAGAGAAUAUAAAAGGAUUAAAGUAUUGACAGCCGUUGCUGCGUUCAACGUACCUAUGCUCAAUGUGAUGCUUCCCAUAAUACAUCCAUUAGUAGAUAUCAUCAUAGGAAAAUUAGCGGCAUUACGGCAAUCGGUAUUGGCAGAGAUAUAUAAUAGGCUAAAAUCGAACGAAGGGCCACUUCCAGAUCAGCCCCUCUCAACAUACGUGAUAUUAAAUCAUAAAAAAAAUAAUGGAAGCGAAAGAGCAUUAUUCAAGAAGAUUCAAGAGUUGUUCCUAACAUCUGGGCACACUGUCGCUUCUGUAUUAUCAAACAUGACAUCUUUCUUAGCAGUGUUACCUGAUAUUCAGGAAAGAGCUUGGCAAGAGCAAUAUGAAAUAUUUGGCAAUGACGUCAGAGAUCCGACGAUUGCCGAUUUGAAUCAGAUGCAGUUUCUUAGCAGGUUCAUAAAAGAAUCUUUAAGAUUCGUCGGUCCUCCAUGGUUCUUUAAAAAGGCUACCGCUGAUAUAAAUAUAGAUGGAAUAACGAUACCAUGUGGUGCUGAUGUGGUUUAUUUGUUGAGAUAUAUUAAAUUUGAUCCAAAAUACUUUAAGAAUCCAAACACUUUUGACCCAGAUCGCUUUCUUGAUGACAGCGAAGUGUUAAAAUAUGGCCUUUCAGCAUUUGGAGUCGGUAUAAGGAACUGUCCGGGUGAAUAUUUUGCAACAAUAUUAAUGAAAAUUGCACUGUCCAAAAUGUUAAGAAGGUUAAAACUUAAAACAGUCGAUAAAGAUUUCCGGUUUGAAGAUUUGAAGUAUAGUAGUUAUCUUUUGGCGGAUGUGGACAACCCUCCUAAACUACAAGUUGAAAAAAGAACUUAA